UUACUACAAAUUAUUCCGUCUCGCUGUUGUUCAACUGCUUGGAAGUGCUCUUUUUCUACAGCGAUACUUGGUCCCUACGUUGAAUAGACAGACAUUUAAUGUACAUCACCCUCGGUUCGGAAGCCAUGUUCUGCCUGGCCCGCAACAAAGAUGUCAAUAAACCAAAAGAACUUCUGUCUGAAAGUCGUAUCACCGCACAAACCGACUGCCCCGUUAACUAUUCAACGUUGCCGCUAUCACAGGCGACGCGGCGUCGACGAGUGCGCUUUGUAUUCUUUUCGGUUUUCCAUCUUGCCUUAUUAUGAUUAUUAUUGCUGCCGUCGUUUCACGCAAAAUCUGACUGGAGAUACCGUUGGCUAUUUUCCAUUUUCCAGUCUGAUUUUUUCCUUUAUCAUUCAAGCGUGCGACGUUGCCGUUCGAAGUGGAGAGGCGAUUUCGGUCGAUCUGGCUGGCAACUGGCUGGCGAGAUGAAAAUAUCGUGGCGCCAUGUCUUGUUUCGCUAGUCAGGGCCAACUAGGCGUUAGGCGAUUGUCUGACUAACACGUCUAGUCACCCGCUUAUGAUGAUAUGGCCGGCGAUGUUGGUGGUGAGCUGAUCGUGCCAUUGCAGUCCUAGCAUGCACAAGCAUUGAACGACGUUCGCAAGUUCUAGCAAUAGCAGCAGCAGCAGCAGCAGCAGCCACCUCUAGCGGCAUCUGUGGGAAGUGCAGUUUUAAUCUGUCUGCGGCUGUACAAUAUAGCAGACAAACAGAUACACCAAUGAAAACAGGAACUGGCUGUUAGCGUCUCGGCAUGCGGCGCUGGAAGCAGUGAUAAAAUUACUGAGUUGCGUUGAAAGCUACUAUCGACCUGAUAAAAAGGUUAGUGUGACCUACGUGCUAGGGGUCAACGGAGCCGUCGAUUCGAUUUUAUCAUCAGUCGUACAAUCGUCAACUGAAAGGUCGCUGCAAUCGACGGCAGAAUGAAGUGAGCCUCAAACGCACUGUACAGGCAAUCCGUAUAAGUUCCAAUUCAGGGUAUACCCGAACGCGAUAUAACUUAAUUGGAUUAGAUUGAGAACCUCCGCUUUCGACGUCGUCAUAAUCGAUACACGCGGCAGACGAUUACAGCGCUAAAAAUUCGGUAGCUUGGGCCAAGAGUUUAGCAGAAGUUUUUUUUAUGGUAUCUGAGGAAGUGGAAGCGACUACUUGGUUAUUUGCUGGUGUCAGUGGAUUCGCAUUAUACUGGUGACACCUUUCACAGAGAUUCCUGUUCAAGCCGACGCAAGUGAUACCAGCAAAAAUGAAUUUGAUGUAUGACAGUUCGCUAAGCAAACUGGCGGUGGGUCUACCUUCAGAUGGUAUUGUUUUAGACAACAGAACAUCGACGGGACUCUUGCAACGUGAUUUCAGCCAGUCCAGUUGUAUAAAGGGUGACACGGCUCAAAAAAAGAGCAUCAUCAUGUCGUUUCUCAAAGAAAGCACUUUGAUGCACAUGAUUCUGGUAGGAACUUACCUCACACUUGGGCUAUUUAUCAAUGUGGUACAGGCUGUCGCAUACUGUUUUAUUCGGCCAGUGAACGCGCGUUUCUACAGGAAUCUUAACGGAUACCUCACCUAUGCACACUGGAACCCUGUCACAACGUUGGGGUUCUGGUGGAGCGGGUCGCAGUGUCGUGUAUGGUGUCAAGACGAGGAGACGGCGCGUUCGUUUGGCAAGAACCACGCCCUCUUGCUGAUGAAUCACACGUAUGAGGUUGACUUUCUUUACUGCUGGAUGCUGUUCGAUAUGCUAGACGUACUGGGAUCAAGCAAAGCCGUAGUGAAGAAGAUGCUCGCGUACGUACCGAUCAUCGGCUGGAACUGUGUUUUUGGUGACCAGAUCUUUCUCGAACGCAACUGGGAGAAGGAUCGUGAGACACUGUUGAGCAAACUCGAUACUUUACUGAAGUAUGAGGAUACUAUGAUUCUGACGAUGUUUUCAGAAGGCACGAGAUUUACGGAAGCGAAACAUCAAAUGUCGCUUAAGUUUGCAAAGGAACAUGAACUUCCAAUUCUGAAACAUCAUCUUUUGCCGCGGCCUAAGGGAUUCGUUCUCUGCGCUCAGCAUUUCCAUAAUAAAUUGGACUAUCUGUAUGAUGUGGAAAUCGCCAUGCCGAAAAAUCAAAACAAUCCAGCUAGCAUCAGCACAAUUCUUCGAGGAAAGCCAAUUAUAGCAGAUAUGUACGUAAGAAGAUUUGCCUUCAAGGAUCUGCCCACCGACGACGAGAAGCUUAAGGCCUUUCUGUACAGACUGUACCAGGAGAAAGACGAUAUUAUGGAGUACUACCUGACACAUAAUUAUACCUUUCCUAAAGGUUGUGUACGAAUGUCUAUUAGUCGACCGCCGCACCGAGCGACAAUCUAUCUGACGCUGUUGGGGGGUUUCGCGGGUAGUUUUCUCUAUUGGGCAGUGAAUGCCUUUUAUCUUGCACCCUCAUUCCCGCAAAUGGUCACCGUAUCUUCUAUCGUCGCCAUCUUGUAUAGCUCCAUGCAUUAUCUUGUGGGUCUAACGCAGGCAAACAAAGCAUCGCAGUACGGAACUGAGAAAGUCAGCAGCAAGAAAGAUUCCGAAAAAAAAGAAGAUUAAGUAGUAAAAGUCUUCACCUCAAAACAUCACGAAGAAGGUCUAGAGCCAGGUUUUACAAUGGUGAAGCGACAGGACGAAACGCUGGCGGAUCAUAAAUUUGUGAACAGAAACAGGUCCUUACGCUACAGGCGGCGCUAUUGUAAACUUUCAAAAAGCUUGGAAAAUAAGUAACUUUUUCCAGAUGGAUUCUCUCACAGGCUUGGAUCGCUAAUUACACCCUGUGGGCCGAUUUUUAGAGAGUCAAAGAUGGUUUUAGGUCUACUAAUGCGAUGACUGAUUAGUAGAGCUAUUUUUGCAUUUUACGAACAGAAGGAUACAGCUUCCUAGUAUUACCUGGAAAACGCCAACCGAGGGCAUAGGAUAUGCUUUUAAUUACAAAACGUUGAAUUUCGAAGCCCGAUAUGCAUGUGGUGUUUCUCACAUACGUAGUUCACAGGGAUGCAACAAUUACAGAGAAAUGUGGCAUUUAUGUAUCUAAGUUUAUAAGAAACCGUUUAUAAGGAAA